AUGAGAUGUAGGAAUUGGAAAGGUAGUGGUAAAGUAUCCUACCAAGAUAUCACCAGCCUAGAGUCCCACUUUGAUAAGGGAGAGCUGUUCACAUUUAUAUCAUCUACUGGUGAUUUCGAUGUGAUUGCUGAUACUGAGUUCCUUAGGGAAGAUGAAAAGAAGGACGAAAGAGUUGGUCGUAUUGUUGAAUUGAUCAAUGCGAAACAAGACUGGACGCAUUUCGAUUGGGAAGUUGAGUCUUUGCCUGCACAUAUGGACCUUUCUGAUUCAGAACAAGAUGAACCGGCUGAUGUUGCAGAAGAACCGUCAGCUGUUGCAGAGGAACCGACUGUAGUUGCAGGGGAACCGGCUGUUACUGCGAAAAGAGGCAAGCGCAAGCUAAUUGAUCCUGGUGCCGAGUCUCGAAAGAAACAACUGCUUUGUCAACGUGCGGCUGAACACAACAGUGGUGUCUCUAGUGAAAUGAAGACCUUCAUUGAAGGUUUGUUCACCGCUUCUUUCAACUCUUUUAAGGAAGUGGUGCAGAAGGACAUACAUGAGCGUUUUGACAACGUUGCCAAUGAGGUGGCUCAACUCAAGGAACAAGUCUCUCAGCUUAAGGGUCUAUCGGAAACAGUGGGAAAAGGCAACACAUCUGAGAUUCUCUCUCCUUCAGCAACAAUUGGAAAAGACCAAGGACCAUCAUCUCAUAGUACGGGUCCUCCCGCAGCAAAGGGAAAAGGCAAGGCAUCUGCAAAUGUGGAUCCUCCUCCGGUUCGUCGUAGCCCUCGGCCAGUAAGAGAGGAUGUUCAAACUGAUGAAAAUGAAAUGAUGGAUUUUUUGAAGAAUUUGACCAAAUCAGCGAGAUGUGUAGAUAAGGGGACCCAAGACUCUUUACAAGAAGCCAUGGGAAACCUUUCUCAAGCAUCUCAUGUUAAAGGUUUUGAUCCUUCACAACAUCUGGAUGGUGAUGAACCAGCUGACUUUGCCACUCCACUGUCUUCGUUUAAGCCUGCGGAUUGGAGACCACCUACUCUGAAAGACGUGGACUCACUUGAGGACCGGAUACAUGAUCCCGAUUACUCACUAGUGUUUGUCCCUGAGGCAUUAUGGGGCAAACUUGUUGACUGGACCAAAACUUUCAAAGAACUAAAAAUUGGACCAUCUAUGCUCACAAAUGAGUUAGUAUCUCGUGUCAGACCUUCAGAGUGGCUCCUGAAUAAGGAAAUUGAUGGUAUGAUGUGGUUAUUCACUGAGAGGACUUCCUUGCGGCGAUGGUUUCCAAAUAAAGUAGCCUUCAUGACAUGCUUGUUCAGUAAUCAAAUUACGAACUCUUACAACGAGUAUAAGAAGGACAAGAAGAAAUUCAAAGUGGGCGGACUGCUACAACAGUACGGCAUUGGCGAACUUCCAGCACACGGACGAACAAGACUAAUGUGGGAUCUUGAUGUUAACCGCAUGUAUGUCCCCCUAAAUGUUGGUAAGCACUGGAUCUCUAUGUGCGUCAACUUUGUUACUCGGUCGAUAGAGGUCUUUGACUGUGAGGGACUGAGACACCCCGGUGCAGUGGAGCCAUUUGCAGUUCUCAUCCCUAGAAUUGUCAAAGCCAUUCAGUCUUCUAAGAGUCGACAGUAUCAAGUCAAGCAGUAUACCGUCUCCUACGUCUCAAUGCCCUUCUUAUUGAACAAAAGUAGCAGUGACUGUGGAGUAUAUGCCUUGAAGCACAUUGAAUGCCAUCUUCUAGGCUUGGACUUUUCCCUGGUGAAUGACAACAACAUUCGUGAAGCGCGGCAGAAGAUUGCUUAUGACCUAUGGGAAGCUGCUAUUGAUCCUGUCCUUAUUGAAAGGAUGGCAAAAUUCACUCCCCCGAAGACAAUUUCAAGUGCUCUAGUGGAACUUGAAUAA